AUGCUAGGGGAAGAGCUACAAAUGGGGAUUGAUAGAACGAUAUCGAACCAAGCAGAUUCAGUGAUUUAUUUGAUAAAUGAGCACUCACAAUAUGAAACUCCGAAUCUUCCUAUUGACCAGAACAUUUUGGAUUUUUCACAAAGACAAAUGGAUUUCAAAUUUAAAGUUAUCCCAUUUUUAUUUAAUUUAAAUAAGGCUGAUAUCUAUCUAGCUUAUAAUUUAUUUUAAGUAAAUAUAAUAUACUUUAUUUUGUGACUCAGAAGAUUGCAAAAAUUUAUCAAAAGAAUUAAAAUCAAAACUAGUCAUUUAUUACAUUUUUUAUACAGGUGCUUUGGCAAUUAAAUUGAUGUCUGAAAUUUUAUUUAGUUCUGAAUACACAGUUCCAUGAUCCCACAUGCUUUUUCAUAUUUUAUCUUGUGCAUGCUUAUUUUGCAUUUCUAUGGUGAUUUUAUUUUUUGUGUGUAUUUCUGGGGUCGCGUUGACUUUUAAUAGAGAGCUUUAUACGUUAUUGAGCGUAUUGACAAUAAUUUAUUAUUGUCUAGGCGAAGAAAGUAUUUUAUCAGGAAUUAUUCAAAAUUAAUGUAAAUAUCGCAGGUUUUUAUAGGGAAUUUUGAAUAAUUAUAUGAAAAUUCUACUAAUAAGACCUCUAAUUCAUUAUAUUUCUGUAUACAUCAGAUAGUUACGAUCACCAAUUCCCCAACGGAGUAAUUUACAUUGUCGCCCUUAUCUCAGUCACAAAAGCCUUAAUUUUCAACUGUUUCAAAUACGUCACAUUUUUAUCAGUUUUCGGAUCCUUAUUCUAUUUAAUUAUAGGUUUGAUUUUUACUAAAGCCAGCUCCUACACUAUAGUAUGCGAUUUUCUCAUAAUGCUUUUGCUUCUUUCCCUACAGACGUUUGAUGCCCAUCAAGUCGAUUACAGGACUCGGCAGUUAUUUUACCGAAAAAUUCAGGAAGAAGAAGCCUUAAUGCCUAUAACCAGUUAUGCCAACCGUGGAGUAAGGACUAUAAACAACGUCAACUCUGAAGUCGAACAAAUCGUAAAAUGCUGUGACCACAUAAAAUCCCACAUAAAAAGCGCAGCCAAAAUUAUCAUGUUCAAUGACGUCAAAAAGAAUUUAAAAGAAGCUGCCAAUGAGAUAGAAAAAAUCAAGCGUAGAGUAGCCCACGGCUCAUUUUUAGCUGACAUAAAAAUAGAGCCAAGUUAUGAAAUAGACGAAGAAGACCGAGUUUUCCUGACCCAGAUGUUUUCUGAGCUAAAAACUCCUACACCACGUCGAAGCCGAAGACCAAGCAUACAACAAAUGUUAGAAAGGAUCAAUAAUUUCCCAUUCGCUAACUAUGGCGCUGCUGAGCUUGAAAAUGUGAUAACAUAAAUAAAAUGGCAUUCGGUUCAAGAGAAAUUAGCUCUGCUAAUUUUCUCUCCCUCAUGGAAUUUUAUUUAUGAGGUGGGUUUUCUCUCGAGAACUCCUGCACAGCAAUAGCUGUUUAACUUUGGGGAUAACCAAAGGAACAGCUCCUCAGUGCAUUCAAGAGGCUCAGAGUUUUACCUCUCAGCACAUCCCCAUGGAGGAUGACCCUUAGGCGGAAUACGCGCAGGAGCUGAGUCAGGGAGAGCGACGGCAACGCGCCGAUGAGAUGUGCGGCGACUGGAGGCGAAGUGCAGAUGAAGGCUUGGCCGGCGGGCUAGCCAUCGCGAUUCCAAGAUGACUCGGCGACGUGACUAGUUUAGCUAUAACUCCAUUUUUAUGGGGUUCGGCACUAGACACCUUAAACACCAGAUACCUAAGUUAAGUUAAGAAAAUGUGCUAACAGGAAUGGGGAAAAACUGGAGUUUCGACAUAUGGUUCGUGUACAAUGCCACAGGACAUAGUAUAAUAAUCGUUGCAGACUAUCUAUUUCAGAAAUGAGGACUGAAAAACGAGUUCCGAAUAAAAGACGAAACAAUCCAAAACUACUUCAAAAGCUUGGAACAAGUAAGGAAUAAUUAGACAUACAAGCCAGUUCCGUAUCAUAAUGCCUGCCAUGCUGCAGAUGUCCUGCAUACUAUCAUGUAUUUUAUUACUCAAAGCGAACAAGGAUUUUCUUCAUUGUGCGCUCUUGAUACAAUAGCCAUUUUUGUAGCUGCGUUAGGACAUGAUGUGGGGCAUCCUGCAGUAACAAAUAGGUUUCUUGCGAAUAAUAGAGAUGAGCUGGCUAUAAAGUAUAAUGAUUGCAGCGUCUUAGAAAUGAUGCAUUGCUCUAUUACUUUUGAAAUUAUGACUUAUCAUGACCAUGAUAUAUUUUUGCAUUUAUCCAAUGAGGAGUGGUUUAAAGCGAGAAAAAUGAUUGUGGAGAUGAUACUGCAGACGGAUAUGUCGAAACAUUUUGAAUUUUUGGGGAAGUUUAAGACCAGGGCUAUAAGUCUGUGUGAUAUUUCGCUUGAAAAUGAUGAUGAUAAAAAUUUUAUAUUAUCAAUGGCACUUAAAUGUGCUGACUUAGGCCAUGCAGCGAAAUAUCAAGAACUCCACGAAAAAUGGACAAGCUUUAUAUGUGAAGAAUUUUUCAGACAAGGCGAUAUGGAACGAGAACGGAAGCAGCCAAUUUCAGUUUACUGUGACAGAAACGACACAAAUGUGCCUAAAAGCCAAGUCGGGUUCUUAAAAAAUGUAGCCUUUCCUCUCUACGAAGCCUGGUGCACUUACUUGAACGAAGACACAAUUAAACAAGUUUGUUUAAUCCCCCUCCUUGAACAAAAAACCAUUGAAAAAUCCCUAUUUUCUAAAAACCCACCGUGAGUAAACAAAAAAUUGUUUCAUGAAAAAAUAUUUUAAUAUAUAAGUGAUAACUAUUAAAUGAAAUUUCUAGUUCAUUCUGUUUGUAUUUUUAACAUAAAUUUUCAAAUUAAAUUAAUAUUUGCUUUAAAAUUGAUUCGAAUUUGAAUUUUUUAAAUUUCGAAAAAACAUUUACUCUAAAAUUUAAAUAUAAACUUUAUAAAUAAAAAAAUUUACUCCCCUCUGUGAACGAAGUGUUCGCUCACGGAGGAGGGGAAGUUAGAACAAAUAAAAAUGAAUAUAGCCUUCUGAGAAUCCAAAUGCAUUGACAGGAGAAACACUAUGAUCAUAAUAGGAAAAGACAAAGACUCUCCAAAAAACCCUGCAAUUGUAAAGAGACAUAGUAAUUUCUAUAUAGCCGACUUCAAUCCAAAAUCCAAGCUUUAA